GCGCGCGCGGUGGCGGGAACCUUCCACCGGGUGGGCGGCUUCUACCCACCGAGCGUUCAGGAACUAGAGAUGCCAUUAGGCUGUCAUUUUAUCCAAUGUGAGAAGUCAGCCCAGAGAUGGAAAACUUUAUUCUGUAUGAGGAGAUUGGCCGAGGAAGCAACACCAUUGUUUAUAAAGGGCGGCGGAAGGGAACAAUCAAUUUUGUAGCUAUUCUUUGUACUGAUAAGUGCAAAAGGCCUGAAAUAACCAAUUGGGUCCGUCUCACCCAUGAAAUUAAACACAAGAAUAUCGUAACUUUUCACGAAUGGUAUGAAACCAGCAAUCAUCUCUGGCUAGUGGUGGAACUCUGCACAGGUGGUUCCUUAGAAAUGGUUAUUGCUCAAGAUGAAAACCUCCCAGAAGAUGUUGUGAGAGAAUUUGGGGUUGACCUCAUUACUGGAUUACAUCAUCUUCAUCAACUUGGCAUUCUCUUUUGUGACGUUUCUCCUGGCAAGAUACUCUUGGAAGGGCCUGGCACGUUGAAGUUUAGUAAUUUUUGCUUGGCCAAAGUGGAAGGUGAAAAUUUGGAAGAGUUCUUUGCUUUGGUGGCAGCAGCAGAAGGAGGAGGUGAUAGUGGGGAAAAUGUACUGAAGAAAACCAUAAAAAGUAGAGCCAAAGGAUCUCUUACAUAUACAGCGCCAGAAAUUCUGAGGGGUACUGACUUCUCCAUCACCAGUGACCUCUGGUCUUUGGGCUGUCUGCUUUAUGAAAUGUUUUCAGGAAAACCUCCAUUCUUCUCAGAAACUUUUUCAGAAUUAGUUGAAAAGAUUUUUUAUGAAGAUCCUUUGCCACCUAUUCCAAAAGAUCCUUCUCUUCCUAAAGCUUCUUCAGAUUUUAUUAAUUUGCUUGGUGGCUUACUUCAAAAAGAUCCUCAGAAAAGAUUAACUUGGGCAGGCCUACUGCAGCAUUCAUUUUGGAAGGAUGCCUUCACUAGGAAAAAUCAGGAAUCAAGCACUGAGGAUUCCAACGUCAGCAGGAAAGUGAUGGAGCAAUCUGGGACACAAGAUUCCAAGGAGUUUUUGAAGCCUCCGAGCGGACAAGCCAAGGGGGAGAAGAGUGGUCAACGACUAAGUCACUCUUUCAGACUAGAGAAUCCAGCUGAGUUGCGGCCUAAAAGUACUGUUGGGGGUCAACCGAAUGAGUCCAUGUUUCUUCUCAGUUCUCGUCCAACUCCAAGAACGAGCACUGCAGUGGGAUUAAGUCCUGGUGAGGAUAGAACUCAGCAUUCACCCCAGAAGACUUCUCCUUUAAUCAAGAAUACAAGUGAAUGCCUGAGUCAGCGGGACCUGGAAUCCCAGAUGAGAGAGCUUAUCUACAUGGACUCUGAUCUUGUUGUCACCCCGAUUAUCGACAACCCAAAGAUAAUGAAACAACCACCAAUUAAAUUUGAUCCGAAGAUACUGCACCUACCGGCACAUUCAGUGGAUAAGUUACUAUUUCUAAAAGACCAAGAGUGGAAUGACUUUUUGCAGCAAGUGUGCUCACAGAUUGACUCCACUGAGAAGAGCAUGGGGGCCUCCCGAGCCAAGCUCAAUCUCCUUUGCUAUCUGUGUGUUGUGGCUGGACACCGGGACGUGGCCACCCGGCUCCUCCAUUCCCCGCUGUUCCAGUUGCUAAUCCAGCAUUUGCGAAUAGCUCCAAACUGGGAUAUACGGGCCAAGGUUGCUCGGGUGAUUGGUUUACUGGCCUCGCACACAACUGAGCUCCAGGAAAAUACACCUGUUACUGAGGCAAUUACUAUCUUAACUGAAUUAAUUAGGGAAAACUUCAGAAACAGUAAAUUAAAACAGUGCCUCUUACCAACCCUUGGGGAGCUGAUCUACCUUGUAGCCACCCAGGAAGAAAAAAAGAAGAACCCUAGAGAAUGCUGGGCUGUCCCCUUGGCUGCAUACACAGUGCUAAUGAGGUGCCUUCGGGAAGGGGAAGAACGUGUUGUGAAUCACAUGGCAGCAAAGAUUAUUGAAAAUGUCUGCACUACCUUUUCUGCUCAGGCCCAGGGCUUUAUUACAGGGGAAAUUGGACCCAUUUUAUGGUACCUAUUCAAACAUUCCACUGUUGAUUCUCUCAGGAUCACAGCAAUAUCGGCCUUGUGUAGAAUCACCCGUCAUUCUCCUACUGCCUUCCAGAGUGUUAUUGAGAAGGUGGGACUGAACUCCGUGAUAAACUCCCUGGCCUCAGCCAUCUGCAAAGUUCAGCAGUACAUGUUGACCUUAUUUACUGCAAUGUUGUCUUGUGGGAUUCAUCUUCAGAGGCUAAUCCAAGAAAAGGAUUUUGUCUCUACAAUUAUCCGUUUACUUGACAGCCCCUCAACUUCCAUUAGAGCAAAAGCCUUCCUCGUUCUUUUAUAUAUUUUAAUUCAUAACCAUGAGAUGCUGCUGCUCAGCUGCCAAUCAAGACUGGUGAUGCACAUCGAGAGAGACAGCAGAAAGACCACUCCAGGCAAGGAGCAGCAAAGCAGCAAUGAAUACCUGUCCAAAUGCCUGGACCUUCUCAUCCGUCAUAUCGUGCAGGAACUGCCACGGAUCCUGGGUGACAUUCUUAACGCCUUGGCCAAUGUUUCUGGUCGUAAACACCCAUCAACAGUCCAAGCGAAGCAGCUGAAGAUGUGUCUACCCCUGAUGCCUAUAGUGCUUCACCUGGUAACUUCUCAGGUAUUUCGACCUCAAGUUGUAACAGAAGAAUUCCUUUUCAGUUAUGGAACUAUACUUAGUCAUAUUAAAUCUGUAGACUCAGGAGAAACGAACAUAGAUGGAGCUAUAGGACUGAUGGCAUCGGAAGAAUUUAUCAAGAUCACGUUGUCGGCUUUUGAAGCAAUAAUACAGUAUCCUAUUUUGUUGAAAGACUAUUGCUCUACGGUUGUUGAUUAUAUCCUGCCACCCUUGGUCUCCUUGGUUCAGAGUCAAAAUGUGGAGUGGAGACUCUUUAGCUUGCGGUUGCUCUCAGAAACCACAUCUCUACUCGUGAACCAGGAGGUUGGGGAUGGCAAGAAGGAGGCGAAUGUUGAUUUUGACAGCAAUCUUCUGGCUCUCAUUAGAGACGUCUUACUUCCGCAGUAUGAGCACAUCCUCACAGAGCCAGACCCAGUCCCAGCGUACGCUCUGAAACUGCUAGUAGCCAUGACGGAACACAACCCGGUUUUCACCAGGGACAUGUUUGAGAAUGCCUGUUUCCCUGCAGCUUUGCCAUCAGAAUGUGUCAUUAAACUGGAAUUUUUCCAGUGUGAUGAGAUAGGUUAUUUCAGAUUACACUUCAUAGCUUUUUCAUUGUCACACUUUUUGGAAGUAAAUCUGGAACAUCAGGAGAACAUUCUGGGUAACACCAUGCAAAGUGUGAUUGCAUUGCUCAACAAUCUGGUUGCCUGCAAAGAUUCAAAUAUGAAGCUACUUUAUGAACAAGGUCUGGUCCGCCAUGUCUGUGACCUCUUCACUGAAACCGCCACACUGUGCUUGGACAUGGACAAUAAGAACAACAACGAGAUGGCAGCCGCGCUCCUCUUCUCCCUGCUCGAUAUUCUGCAUGGCAUGCUGACCUACACGUCCAGCGUCGUUCGACUGGCUCUGCAGGCGCAGAAGUCUGGCUCAGGAGGGGACACUCAGGCCGCCGAGGACCUGCUGCUGCUCAGCAAACCUCUGACAGACCUCAUUAGCCUGCUCAUUCCACUGCUUCCAAAUGAGGAUCCUGAAAUUUUUGAAGUGUCAUCCAAAUGUCUGUCCAUACUGGUUCAGCUGUAUGGAGGGGAAAACCCAGACAGCCUGUCUCCUGAAAAUGCAGAGAACUUUGCCGAUUUACUGACAUCUAAGGAGGACCCAAAAGAGCAGAAGCUUCUGUUGAAGAUUCUCAGAAGAAUGGUCACAUCCAAUAAGAAACACCUGGAGAGCCUUAAGGAUGCCAGCAGCCUUCUGCAGGCUCUGGAGUGGCUGGCCCCGGCUGGGGGUUCGUCUGCUGACAGUGUGGUGGCUUCCUUGGCCCUGGAAAUCCUCCAAGCUGCUCGACACUAGGCAAGAAGGCACUUAGCACAAGCCUGCUCUGCAGCACCAGCCUUUGGCUACACACAUUCAAUCGCCCCCCAUAGCUCUAUUUGGACCUAAUAAAGUCAGCUGAACCCAGAA